CGUUGAGGCCCUUCGGGGGGGUGGUGGGAGGGAGGGGGAGCGCGGAGGACGCGACGCACGCAAGCCGCGACGCAGAGACGCCGGACGACGGCAGAGUGAUGGUGAUCCGUGCUCCUCGCGGACAGGAAAAUGCCGAGCCCCGACGGUGGCGACGAGCGCGGAGCGCGGCCCCGGCGGCACACAUGCGCCUGCACGCCGCGGCCAGCACGACACGGCGACAAUGACCGAAUUCCUUGGCACAGGCUGCCGCGCACCCCCGAGCAGCGGCCGCGGCCCGCCCUGGCUGGCACUUCGAGGACGCCGGGCCACCCAGGAGAGCCGCGGUCCCAUCGGACUCGCCAGCAGGGCCUGCAAGAGGGCGCCAACCCCAAAGCUCCGACGAUCCCUGGCCCUGAGAUCCGGGCGUUGCACUUUUUCCACGCCCGGCGUGUUCGCCUGGGCUGCGGACUUCAGGAUGCUGGCCACCAGGGCGUGCGGGAGCCAAGCCGUAAGAUGGCAGACAUUGAGCAAAUUCCUCAUGCGACGAGCCAGGAGGCGGAGAAGGACAGGAGGACGGAGGCGAGGAGGAGGAGGAGGAGGAGGAGGGGGAGGAGAGGAGGACUAGCUCGCCGGAUUGACAAGAGCAGCAUUGACGAAACGCUGGCGCGCACUGGAACGCCAGGGCCUCGGGCGUGUCUGGGGAACGGCCGCACAGACAUGCGCCCGAAAAAACGUGGAAAGCCCGCCACCGCGCUGUGUGCGGCGGUUGGUGCCUGUCGGGCCCUUGUGCGUGGUUUGUUUGUUCAUUGCGCGAAGCGCUCUCGUCCGUGCUCGGGCGGCCCAGCGCCCCGACCGUCGGACUGCUCCAGGACGCGCCCGGCGCAAAGGCCUCACCGCCCGCACGGGUGGCCGCUGGCGGGGCUGCCUCAAACGGUCCUCCUCGCGGCCCAAGCGGCGCCGCCGCGCCCAGGAGCCGAUCACGAGGCGCUCGCAGCAUGCGGGCGCGGGCGGCAGCUGAGCCUCGGGCCCGAGGCGCCACCCGAGGCGCCGCCCGAGGUCAGAAGUCGAGCACGAAGGAGGGUCGCCCAGCCCUAGCGCCAGGCGACUCAGCGUUCGAGAUCAGCUUGAAGGUGCCGCCCAGGUCGAAGGAUCCAUCGGCGGACGCCUCCUGGCGAGCUGGCGAAGCCCGGCGAGCCGACGAAGCACGGCCCGGAGCCCUGCUCGCUGACGAGGCGCAGGGGCGGCGGGCCCUCG